AGGCCUAUUUCUGGGACUUGUUUGGUGCUGUAUACUGUUGACAUGAAAUACUCCUUUUUUAAUGAAAUCAGCAUGGCUCAGCAGAUUAGGUACAGCAAGGAUGACUUAGCAUGUUCCUGUGGCCCCAGAAACCCGAGCAAAUCCCCUCAGUUUCCCAGGCUGUAAAUACAGAUAAGGGUCAGUGUGUUUUUCAGAGAGUGGCUGUGUAAAGUUCCAGGCGUUAAAAUGAUUGCUAAUCUCGGCGUGGAGACAUUUGGUUUGGGGACGUGGCUUCAGGAGCAAACGUGUCUAACCCUGCUCUAAUUUGUGAGAGAGUCCCGUUGUCAGUCUGUCCUCUGAGGGAAGCAGGCAUGUAGAUGGAGGGAAACACCACUGGUGUGAAGCAUCUCUAACCAAGAGAACCGGAUGGUGAAUGGUGCAAGCCUCGGCCAAGACUUUUCAGAAAAGAAGAUGGACCAGCCUAGUGGAAGAAGUUUCAUGCAAGUAUUGUGUGAAAAAUACAGUCCUGAAAACUUCCCUUACCGCCGCGGCCCUGGGAUGGGGGUCCACGUCCCAGCCACUCCUCAGGGCUCUCCUAUGAAAGAUCGCCUCAACCUCCCGAGUGUGCUCGUGUUGAACAGCUGCGGGAUUACCUGUGCAGGAGACGAAAGAGAAAUUGCAGCCUUCUGCGCUCACGUGUCAGAACUCGAUCUUUCUGACAACAAGCUCCAAGACUGGCAUGAGGUCAGUAAGAUUGUGUCCAAUGUUCCUCAGCUGGAGUUUCUCAACCUGAGUUCCAAUCCUCUGAGUCUGUCAGUUUUAGAAAGAACAUGUGCUGGGUCCUUCUCUGGGGUUCGCAAACUUGUCCUCAACAACAGCAAAGCGUCAUGGGAAACAGUGCACACGAUACUGCAGGAGUUGCCAGAUUUGGAGGAGCUCUUCCUGUGCCUUAAUGACUAUGAAACAGUGUCUUGUCCCUCUGUUUGCUGUCAUUCCCUAAAGCUCCUACACAUAACAGACAAUAACCUCCAAGACUGGACUGAAAUCCGGAAGCUGGGUGUGAUGUUUCCAUCACUGGAUACCCUGGUCCUGGCCAACAACCACUUGAACGCUAUCGAGGAGCCUGCUGACUCCCUGGCUAGGUUGUUCCCUAAUCUACGAUCCAUCAGCCUCCACAAGUCAGGGUUGCAGUCCUGGGAAGACAUUGACAAACUAAAUUCAUUCCCUAAGCUCGAAGAAGUGAGAUUGCUAGGAAUCCCUCUUCUGCAGCCGUAUACCACCGAGGAGCGCAGGAAAUUGGUGGUGGCCAGAUUGCCAUCGGUUUCCAAACUUAAUGGCAGUGUUGUCUCAGAUGGUGAGCGGGAAGAUUCCGAGAGGUUUUUCAUCCGGUACUACGUGGAUGUUCCACAGGAGGAAGUGCCAUUCAGGUAUCAUGAGCUCAUUACAAAAUACGGGAAACUGGAGCCUUUGGCAGAAGUGGACCUAAGACCCCAGAGCAGUGCAAAAGUGGAAGUCCACUUCAAUGACCAGGUGGAGGAGAUGAGCAUCCGUCUGGACCAGACCGUGGCUGAACUGAAGAAGCAGCUAAAAACUCUAGUGCAGCUGCCCACGAGUAGCAUGCUGCUAUACUACUUUGACCACGAAGCCCCAUUCGGCCCAGAAGAGAUGAAGUACAGCUCCCGAGCGCUGCACUCUUUCGGCAUUAGGGAUGGAGAUAAAAUUUUUGUGGAAUCAAAAACAAAAUAACCUCUACCAGCCUUGUAAAAAACUCACAUAAGGACUUCCUGCAGGGUGUUUGUUUCCAGCGUGCUUUUCUUUAGGAGGAAGGACAUUUCUGUUUUGUUUUGGGUUUUGUUUAGCUUUGGAGGGGUUUUGUAUAUUUUCUUCCCCUAGAGUAGAUAGGUUUUUGGUAUUUUCUACCACAGAUUUUUUCAGCUCAGUUAGCAGACAUGGCUGCAUCUCCAGUCUUUACGUGAGCUAGCACUCGCUCGCUCGCGUGUUCUCUCUCUCUCUCUCUCUCUCUCUCUCUCUCUCUCUCUCUCUCCUACCCCCCACCCCCAAAGAUGACAGAGAAAUCACCGACUUCUUACUGUGUCGCUAGGGUUUUGUCAGCCACUGGGCUCUUUCCUGCUAAGCCCAAAGACAGCAUGGUCCCUCAGAGGGGUGAUGCACAGUGUUCACAUCCAGAGAUGGGGUCUUCCCUGGGAGGGUCUUCUCUGGUUCUUCCUUCCCUGCCCUCCUCCUCCUCCUCCUCCUCCUCUCCAUUCUGGGGUCUGGUUUUCAUUCUGACUUGUACCUGCUUACCUGGUAGUUUUACUCUGUUCAUAAUUUAACUUGGUUUUGUUAUUGUUUGUUUGGCCCCCCCCCCUCAUUCCCAGUUUUAAAUGGUUUUGAGAAUUUUAAGUGUUUUAGCCUGGUUCUGAUCUCAGGAACUCAGUUAGGUUUUAAAGAGACAUGAAUGGAGUGUUAAACGUAGGAGACUCGCUGUUCUCCUGGAAGCCUGGAACGGGCACUUGAGCCUCUCCACCACCACCCCACCCUGGAAGCCCCUCCAGUGUUAGAUCACUGUCACUCCCGUUACCUGGCACCCAGCCUGUUCUGGGGGUCUUUUCUUAAUGUUCAGCGAAUGUACUUCCUGACAGCUUUAUCACAUAAGCUAUUGGAAAUAACGAGUCCUGGGUACGAGCUCCUUAGCAGAGCCUCGGCUGAGAAGCUGGCCAGGCGAGUGAAGGCCGUGGUGGGAUUGGGGGAGAAAGAGCCUGACGCCUUUCCACCUGUGCGUCAUCCUUCUGAGUGAAGCCCUGUCCUUGUGCUCUCUAAGGUGUGAGAUUUUAAUCACGGGGCUGUGGUCCCACCUUUUUCUUGGGACUUUGUGAUGAUGUAAUUGCACAGCUGUUUUUGCUUUGUGUUUUAUGUCCCCUGUGGAAUGACUUUUGCCUGAUCUGUGAGUGAAUGUUCAGUGCCCCCUCGCCCCAGGUGGUUUUGCAGGAGUGUAUGUAAAGCACCUGACCUUUGACACUGGUCCCUCACCUACUCUUCUACUCUGAAAUCGUUCUUUGCCUUUCCAUUCUUUGUUAACCUGGUUAUUUUCAUUGCGGUUUGGUUUUGUUUUGGCUUUUAACAUUUGUUUCGUGAUUCCACCCCUCCUACAAACCUAAUUUCAUGUAGACUCUUUAGGUGACCCGUGUGACCUCUUCACGGAUGGGGAGUUGUAUUCUUUAAGUCCCUCCUCCGCCAUGUGGCAGGGGUUCUCUUGCCACUGCACUUCAGGUUCGGCCUCUCUGAAGCUGCUGGCCCGGGCCUCCUGAGGCAGGCCCGCAUUCACUGCAGCAUUAAGGGUGAAAGCCAAAGGGUUUAGAAGGAUGAAUGAAGCCAGUUCUCCUGCUGCAGACUUUGUCUCAGAAUCCUAAAAACAAGCAGUGGGGACCAGGCCAGUAUAGACAAGGACAGUUAUUUUGCAAUCGCAUUUUCUUGACAGAUUUUUGGAAAUAGAAAAAAAAAUGUGGCAACCGUGUCCGGCAGGUGAAGACUGUGGAUGCUUGGUGUGCAUGCGCGUGAGUGCGGAGGAGUGUGCAAGAGAAACUGUAAUGGAGACUUGCUCUGUCAGCCUGGGAAACAGUUGCACUCUUAUUUUUGAACUUUGGAGCCACUACGGUCCCAUGGCAGAAGGCAGAGUAAGCACUCACACUUCGGUCACAAUGAGCUAUUUUAUAUAUGACAAAGUUUUAUGAGAGGCUUUUUUACUCUUUGAAGCUUGUAUCUUCUGUUCUUACUCGACAGUGUUUAUCGGCUGCAGGCCUAAUGCUUUAUUACAGUUGCAUGUGAAAGGAACAAACCUCUCAUCCAAUCCAACUGGCGUAGGUAUUUUUAGGGCAUUGUAAUUGGUGGUUUGAAUCAUUGCCGAAUCAUUUCCAAUUAAGAAAAUCUUAAGUACAAUCCUUGGCCUUUUAGAAUUAACAGAAGCAAAUGAGGAAGCCGUUUCAGCAUUCGUGUUUCCAGAUUCAUUUGGGGGGCUGAGUAAAGAAGCUGGUUUCGAAAUCAAAUCGGUGCUGUGUAGACAUUUAUAACCAAAAUUAUUUUUAUAACAGACCCAGAAGGAGGAGAGAAGAGACCGCAGACCUUUGAGCCUGCGUGUUAUCCAUCAUGCCUGUCUGUAUUUAAUAUUGACUUCAUCAGAUUGAGUGGGAGCAUAUUGUUGACAGUUAGAAGGGAAAAGCUGUCCUCACUGGUAUUCCAGAGGUGUGCCUUCGGGCACAGCAGGUAGAUCAUGCCUUUCUAAAGCAGAAAUUCUUUUCAGUUGUGGGAAAGAAAGGAGUAACGCAAGAAAGCCAAAUCCAAACCCAGGGUCCUCCCUGUGGGCAGAGCUCUGAAGCUGUGUUCCAAACGGAUCUGUUCGUUUGAAUUGUUGAGGUAUCCUGGAUUGCUUUAAGGAGAAGGUGGGGGAGAGGCGUCCAUAGUUGCCUUUUUCUGCAGCCCGUUGCCAUGAAUGCAUAAGAUAGCAGCAGAGACGAGUGCCCUGUGUUCUCAGAGGCCCUCUGGUGAAGAUGAAGCCAUGUAGCAGAGGGCUGUAGUGCUACCGCCAGAAAAAGAAGGAACUACGUAAGGGAAGGAAGGGCAAAUGCAAUUCCAAUGGGGAUUUUUAGCCAUGCCACCCCACCAGCCAUGCUGGGAGCAGAGGACACUUGGUUGUGCAGUAUUGAUCACUAUGGGAGCCUUGCCACCAAUAGCUUUUCCUAACACACAUGGGUGUGGCUCUCCACACUGUAGCUUAGGCCCCCGGCCAAGUACAACAUGACUCCAGAAUGCUCUGUAGUUCUAUGUACUGUCAUUUCUGUUUAUGAAUUUCACUUUUCCCUUCAUCUCAUGUAAGACUGAAAUGCAAACAAACUGCUUUCAAGAAUGGCCGGAAGCUCUGUGUCCCCAAAUGUUGUUGUGACUCUACCGUUUUUCAUAGGUGCUUCCUUCAAAUGUCUGUUUAUUCUAGUGACAGAGAGAGGACUGGACUCUCAGGCCCUUUACAGUUGUCUCCUGCAGUUAAUGGAAAUAUAAAUAUAAAUAUAUAUAUAUUUUAUUUUAGAAUAUAAUUUAAACAUGAAGGUCUAUUCUUUGCACUUUUUAUUAAUAUAUAUAGAGAGAUAAUCUUUAAAAAAAAUUAAAAAUCCAAGUCCGUUUAC